CUCUGCAUGAUGUUGUGAUGCUUCCAGAACCACAGGAGAACCAUGGUGAACUCUACCCACGUUUCAUAUUUCAUACUCAGUGCAUACUCUGACACCGGGGUCUUCAAACCUUUGUAUUUCCUGAUGAUUCUGGCUUUGUAUGUCUGUAUUAUAGGAGCCAAUGUGUUGCUGAUUGUGGUGAUCUGUGUGAACAGGAGCUUACAUGAACCUAUGUACCUGUUUCUGUGCAGCCUGUUUGUGAAUGAACUGUAUGGUAGUACAGGGUUGUUUCCAUUCCUUCUGCUUCAGAUCCUCUCUGACAUUCACACUGUUUCUGCUCCGCUCUGCUUCCUGCAGAUCUUCUGUGUGUACUCUUAUGGAAGUGUGGAGUUUACUAAUUUAGCCGUCAUGUCUUAUGACCGAUAUCUGGCUAUCUGUCAUCCUCUGCAGUAUAACACAUAUAUGACGUAUAACAAGGCGUCCUUUCUUGUUGCAGUGUCGUGGUUGUUCCCUUUUCUUGCCAUUGUUGUUCUGAUAUCCUUAAGUGCCUCUCUGCAGCUGUGUGGGAACAUCAUUAACAAAGUGUACUGUGGGAACUACUCCAUAGUGAAGCUGGCCUGCUCUGACACCAGGGUCAAUAAUAUUUAUGGACUCUUUUACACGGUCAUCUCCAUCAUCAUUCCUCUGCUUUUAAUCCUCUACACGUACAUGAGGAUCCUCAGAGUGUGUUUCUCUGGCUCCAAACAGACCAGACAGAAAGCUGUCAGUACCUGCACUCCUCACCUCGCCUCCCUCCUCAACUUCUCCUUUGGAGGUUUCUUCCAGAUAUUACAGAGCAGGUUUGAUAUGAGCAGUGUUCCCAACAUGUUGCGCAUUUUAUUAUCUCUGUACUUCCUAACAUGCCAGCCUCUCUUCACCCCAGUUCUGUACGGGCUGAAGAUGUCUAAAAUCCGCAGCAUAUGUAAGCGUGUGCUGUGUGGUGAAGUGUAG